CUUUUUACAAAGGAAGAUAUGCUACUGUAUUUAAAUUCCAUAAUAAAAUUAAAAAAAAACUAUAGCAAUAAGUGUAGAGAAAGAGAAGAAAGAAAAAUUCAUAGUUUCUUUCAAGUUCAACCUAACUUCAAUUCAUCUUCUUCUUGUUUACAGAGAAAUGGAGUUUGCGGUAGCAAAAGCUUUGAAACCGAGUUUACGAAGGGAGUUUGUUUUUCAACAAACGCUUGGUGAGGAACUUUUUAGCCUUAACUCCAAUACGGUGGUUGCCGGUGAAGAUUUCUCCGUUGACGACCUCCUUGAUUUUUCCAACGGCGAUGUUCUUCACCAUGAGCAACACAACGAGGAAGACGAAGAAGAAAAAGAUAGUUUAUCUCUUUCCUCUCACUCGCUCUCGGAAGAUAGCAACUCGAAUUCCAACGACGCUUCCUACGAUUCCAUUUUCUCAACUGAAUUGCUCGUUCCGGAUGAUGACGUGGCAGGCCUUGAAUGGGUUUCUCACUUUGUAGAUGAUUCUCUACCAGAGCUUUCUCUUCUCUACCCGGUUCAUGUUCAAACCAACGAGAAUCCUCAAAAUGAACCGAACCAUGAAAAAAUUACCAGAAAAACCAGAACCGUCAAGAGCAGAAAACCAAACCCUCGAGCCUGGGCUUUUAGUCCUUUGAUUUUACGUCCAUUUUUCCCGUCUACGGUUUUUGUAGAGCCGCCAGCAAAGAAACAGAAGAAAAAGGUUCAGGCCCAGGCCCAGACUCAAGUUGUUGGGGUUGAAGCCCAAGAGGAGGCCCAUUUACAGCGACGGUGUAGUCAUUGCCAAGUGCAGAAGACACCGCAGUGGAGAACCGGUCCGUUAGGAGCUAAAACUCUAUGCAACGCGUGUGGGGUUCGGUAUAAAUCCGGUCGGCUUUUUUCGGAGUAUAGACCGGCUUGUAGCCCAACUUUUAGCAGCGAAAUUCAUUCCAAUAGCCACCGGAAGGUGUUGGAGAUGAGGAAGAGGAAAGGGAUGGUUGGACAGGAAUCCGGUUUAUCGGCUCAGACCCAAAUAGUUACGAGUUGCUGAGUUUAGAUUAGGAAAGAGCUGUAGUUGGUUUGAACCGGGUUCAUGUUUUUUUGUAAAAUAUUUAGUGGUUGUAGUUGUAGUGGUAGUCAGGUCAGGUAGGCAGCAGGUAAGGGAUAUUAUUAGGAAGGUAUGGAUUGUUUUUAUUUUUAUCCCAUUUUGUUAGCUUUGUUCUUUUUAAUUAAUCUAAUACAGUUUUAAGUUUUUUU